UCUCCAGAGGACCUGCUGCUGGACAGCCCAGAGAAGCCUGUGCCAGACGGGCCAUUGGAGGCUGCUCUGGACCACCUGAAGCUGGGCAGCAUCUUCACCUUCCGUGUGACAGUCCUACAAGCCUCUAGCAUCUCCGCAGAAUACGCAGACAUCUUCUGCCAGUUCAACUUCAUCCAUCGUCACGAUGAGGCCUUUUCGACAGAGCCCUUGAAGAACACGGGGCGAGGCCCACCGCUGGGCUUCUAUCACGUCCAGAAUAUUGCCGUGGAGGUGACCAAAUCCUUCAUCGAAUACAUCAAGAGCCAGCCGAUUGUGUUUGAGGUGUUUGGGCACUACCAGCAGCACCCCUUCCCACCCCUCUGCAAGGACGUCCUGAGCCCAUUGAGGCCGUCCCGGCGCCACUUCCCCCGUGUGAUGCCGCUCUCCAAACCAGUGCCUGCGACGAAGCUGAGCACCAUGACUCGGCCCAGUGCUGGCCCCUGCCAGUGCAAGUAUGACUUGAUGGUCUUCUUCGAGAUCUGUGAGCUGGAGGCCAAUGGCGACUACAUCCCUGCUGUUGUGGACCACCGUGGAGGGAUGCCGUGCCAUGGGACCUUCCUCCUGCACCAGGGCAUCCAGAGGAGAAUCACCGUCACCUUGGUGCACGAAACAGGCAGCCUCAUCCGCUGGAAGGAAGUCAGGGAGCUAGUUGUGGGUCGAAUCCGGAACACCCCAGAAGCAGAUGAGUCGCUCAUUGACCCCAACAUCCUGUCCCUCAACAUCCUCUCCUCUGGCUACAUCCACCCGUCUCAGGAUGACCGGACUUUCUACCAGUUUGAGGCAGCGUGGGAUAGCUCUAUGCACAACUCGCUGCUGCUCAACCGUGUCACUCCGUAUCGGGAGAAGAUCUACAUCACUCUGUCAGCCUACAUCGAGAUGGAGAACUGCACUCAGCCUGCUGUCAUCACCAAAGACUUCUGCAUGGUUUUCUAUUCUCGGGACGCCAAGCUUCCUGCCUCCCGCUCCAUCCGCAACCUCUUCGGCAGCGGCAGCCUGCGAGCUUCGGAGAGCAACCGUGUGACAGGAGUCUACGAGCUCAGCCUGUGCCGUGUGGCUGAUGCUGGCAGCCCAGGCAUGCAGCGGCGGCGCCGGCGUGUGCUGGACACCUCGGUAGCCUAUGUGCGGGGAGAGGAGAACCUGGCGGGCUGGCGGCCCCGCAGCGACAGCCUCAUCCUCGACCACCAGUGGGAGCUGGAGAAACUCAGCCUGCUGCAAGAAGUGGAGAAGACAAGGCACUACCUGCUGCUGCGCGAGAAGCUUGAGACGACGCAGCGCCUGGGCCUGGACACUCUGUCCCCCUGCUCCAGUGAGGACUCCGAGUCCCGAAGCGCUUCCUGUGUCUCCUCCCCACUCUCUGCUGAUGGAGCCCCUGAGGGCCGCACCUCUCCUGCUGAGACCCCCAGUGAAAGGCAGAAGGAGCUGGCCGUGAAGUGCUUGCGUCUGCUCACGCACACCUUCAACAGGGAGUACAGCCACAGCCACGUCUGCAUUAGCGCCAGCGAGAGCAAGCUGUCCGAAAUGUCCGUGACCUUGAUGAGAGACCCCUCCAUGCCAGUUCUUGGAGUAACCACUCUCACCCCCUCCUCAACCUGCCCCUCACUGGUGGAAGGGCGUUGCAAUGCCAUGGAGGUCAGGCCCGCCCAGGUCUCCUCCAGGGCAGAGAGCCCUGACCUGGAACCUCUGGUAGAAGGAGAGCAAAAGAAGUCCCCAGCCCGCCGGCCUGAAGAGGAGAAGGAGCCCCAGCGUUUGCUGGUGCCUGACAUCCAGGAGAUCCGAGUCAGCCCCAUCGUCUCCAAGAAGGGCUACCUGCACUUCCUGGAACCCCACACCAACGGGUGGGUGAAGCGCUUCGUGGUGGUUAGGCGCCCCUACGUCUACAUCUACAACUCGGACAAAGAUGCCGUUGAGAGGGCCAUACUCAACCUCUCCAAGGCCCAGGUGGAAUACAGUGAGGACCAGCAGGCCAUGCUCAAGACCCCGAACACGUUUGCGGUGUGCACGGAGCACCGGGGCAUCCUGCUGCAGGCGAGCAGUGACAAGGACAUGCACGACUGGCUGUAUGCCUUCAACCCUCUCCUGGCUGGAUCCAUAAGAUCCAAGCUGUCCAGAAGGAGAACAGCCCAGAUGAGAAUCUAACCUGAAAAACACCCUUCACCUCAUCCGUCUGCCAACAGGAUCAAAAUAGCUGAUUCUGUCUGAAGACUCCCCAUGUUAACGUCUGAUCUCUCACACCAUCUGCUGCCCCAGCUCUCUGCUCCAUGGAAGGAUCUGUCUCGAUUCACACCUUCACAGGGGAAACUCACUUCUGUUUGUAGCUGCAAAAGUCUGGACCUGCCUGGGCAGGAUUCCUUGCGCACGUGCCAUCUUCUGCCCUUCCCCCCCAUGGGUGACCUUCAUGUCACUCCUUCUAAUGCUCCACAAAGGUCCCCAGCAGAGGGGAGGGAGUGAGGAGGAUGGUUUCAGCUAAAAGCUGGUCUUUGAUCUACAGAGGUGGGAGUGCAGUAAAGCUCGGAGGUGGGAGAGCAGGAGGAAUUGCCCCCAGGCAAAGGGAAAGUGGUAAUUUAGGUGUGGGGAUCUCCUAGUUUACUGAUGUUUCUGCAA